UUUUAGAAGCCACGUCCCUGUCUUCGUGGACAAUAAAUGAUAUAUAAAGCUUGGUAGUGUCAGUUUUGUCCACACAAACCUGGACACGUUACCCAAGGUGGAUUAAACAGCAGCAAGCCCAACGAUGACAAGCAUGAAAAUUUUAGCGUCGCUUUUAUUAGUGAUCGUCGCUGUCAGUCAAACACAUUCCGCAGACGCAGAAGAACAGAAAAAGAUAAAGAACGUCGUCACAGAGGAAGUAUUCUUUGAUGUACAGGUAGGAGACGACAACGACGACGAUGGGUUUCGUGGACAAUUCGUCGUUGCUCUAUUUGGUGACAUUGCACCAAUGACCGUGAUGAACUUCCAGAGCAUUGCCAAGGGAUACACGAGAAAGAAAAAUAAUCUUCAUUACAAGAACUCUCCAAUCCACAGGAUAGUUCCUGACUUCAUCAUACAGAUGGGUGACAUUACAGUCGGAGAUGGAACUGGAGGUGUCAGUAUCUACGGAGACAGAUUUGUUGACGAGAACUACGUUUUAUCACACAAAGCCGCUGGUUACGUUUCCAUGGCAAACCAUGGCAAAGACACAAAUGGAUCCCAGUUUUUCAUCCUGUUAACUAAGGCCAGGUGGCUGGACGAAAAGCAUGUGGUUUUCGGCAAAGUCAUCAAGGGAAUGGAUGUUGUCCGACAAAUUGGAGAAGUUCCCGCAAGCAAUGUUAACGCUUUGCCCAAAAGGAAAGUCGCCAUAGUAAACUGUGGUGUAGUUGGGAUCCAGAAGAAAUAUGAAUUAACUGAAGAACAAAUGGCGUCCGAUGACGAUAUCUAAACUAAAAACAAAACGACAGACCAACAGCGUGGUAGUCCUCAUUAAUACAUGAUUGACAUGUGGAUCGUCUGAUUCAGUUGGAUGUUUGACUUGUUGAUUCCAUAUCAUAUCAUUCAUGUACGGAAGUGUAUCACAGAACUGCAUUUUGUAUUUUGAUACUUGUGUUAAUGUGUUGGUUUUGUUCUUUUCCCAAUAAGCCUGUUUCUCUCUGAAGCUUUUAUCAAACACUCUCUGUCACAAAAAAUGUUUUUAUUUUUUCCCCAUAUUUUUUUUUUUUUUAAGUUUGUUUGAAUGUUUAGUUGUAAACAUUUUAAUUUGUUAACUUUGUAAAAUUUUGAUUUGGUCAUAAUGAAUAAAGUUGAAAGAUUAUUUCCCCGCAUAGAGUUCGCAUAGAGUGUAUGGCACACCUUUACUCAGCAUUACCAUGUUAAACAAAGCAAGUACUCUUGUAACUUCAACACAGUUGUCAGCUUUUAAUUAAAUCCGGAACACCUUAUUUUGUCCACUUCAGCGGCAUUCCAGUACAUGUAAUCAAUAUGGACACCAGCUAUUGUAUUUGACACAGACAGUAACCAAGUGUUACUACAUUGGAAAGUAAGUGAUUACCAAAGAACAAAAGCAUUUAUAAGCAGCGAAGUAUUAAAGUAAAGCCGUCUCUGCCCAUUACAACACAAUUUUGUCAAAAUCGGAAAGCAUUAAAUUCGUGCCCAUACUUAUUCAGUCACAUGGAACUUUUGAACAAAUUCACAUUUAAUACGAAAAUAGGACUAGUUUCUCUAAUAAACAUUUUAACGUUGUUGUGUGAAUCCAUGAAACAUUUCCAUCAACUGACUUUCCUAUAAAUGAUUAAAGAGCACUUAAUUAACAUUCCAUAAGGCAGCUUGGUCCAUGGUUAUUGAGUGGAAGACCAGUCCUGAAAGCAAAACGUAAAAUUUAUAUUACAUGAUAAAAUGAUGAUUAAAUGAAUUAAAUGAUGUAAACAUUAACCUAUCAAAAAAUCUGAUCCCUGCGGGUAUGUACUUAUGGACUGAAUGUAUUGUAGUAACAAAUCAUAUGGUGUCUGAAUGUAAUUUUUUUCACCGGAUUAGGCUACAGAAAAAAAUGAUAAUAAACCCAAUUCAAAACAUG